CUUUAAGCAACUGCAUUAAUAGUCCAUUAAUUAUUAAAAUACAGAUUUGCUUAUUAUUCGUUCUUCUAUGUAACGUAUAUAACCAUCUAAAGGCUACGACUAUCUCAUGGACUUAAUUUAACCUUAUUGGCGCGAAGGCUGUCAAGCGGAGCUACGCCAAGAGGAGCCAAGAACUUGGUAGUGAGCUUAUCGUUAUCUGCUUGUUUUCGCGAAUUCAUUAUAGUUGACUUUAAUUCGGGUCAAUUUAUACUUUUUCGUACAAUAAAAAAGUGCCAGUAUCACUCGGACUAGUCAAGAAAAAUGAACACGAACCUCUUAUUUGUUGAAUCAGUGGAAGUACUGCGGAAUGGUUUAUCGCACUACCACACCUUGUUAGAAGCAAUUCUGGUGCUUUGGAUAGUAUGGUUUAUUUCUAAGAAACGAAGUAACUCAGUACCUUCGAAAGAGUUGGUGGAGAACAAAUUAGCAGAGUGGCGACCGGAGUCUCUUGUACCGGAAUCACCAAAGAAUCAUCCUUCGUUAAGUCUGAAAUGUAUCACUUCCAAGGUUGGAAAGCGAGUAAUAGUUGAUGGAAAAAAUUGCCUUAAUUUGGGUACACAUAACUACUUAGGUUUAAGCGACAAAGCAGAACUGAUAGAAAGUGCUGCAGCGGCUAUAAAGAAAUACGGCGUUGGAUCUUGCGGACCACGAGGUUUCUAUGGAACCGUCGACGUACAUCUUGAACUAGAAGAACGUUUAGCUAAAUUUAUGGAUGUGGAAGAAGCUAUAAUAUACUCGUAUGGAUUUGCCACUGUGUCGUCUGCAAUCCCAGCCUACUGUAAACGUAAAGACUUAAUAUUUGUGGACGAGCGAGUAAAUUUUGCUAUACAGAAAGGACUGGAUGCAUCUCGAGGAAAUAUCCAAUAUUUCAAACACAAUGAUGUACAAGAUUUACGUAAUCUUUUAAUGAAGCAAGAGGAAAUAGAUAAAAGACAUCCUAAAAAGGGUGCAAAGAUCAAACGCUUUUUGAUUAUAGAGGGUAUUUAUAUGAAUACAGGAAAUAUCUGUCCUUUACCAGAAUUGUUAGCUUUGUGUAAAAAGUAUAAAUUAAGAAUCUUUAUCGAUGAGUCAAUAUCAUUUGGGACCAUUGGCCUAUAUGGAAAAGGUGUUACUGAAUACUUUAACAUUCCUAUAAACGAAAUAGACAUGAUAAUGGGAUCAUUAGAAUGGGCUAUAGGAACUAUUGGUGGUUUUUGCGUAGGAGCCUCCUUUAUCAUUGAUCAUCAACGUUUAUCUGGUCUUGGCUACUGUUUCUCAGCGUCUCAACCACCUCUUUUGGCAUCUGCUGCUAUCACUUCUUUAGAUAUGAUUGAAAAUAACGUAGAAAUAUUUCAGUCUUUGAAAAAUAAUGCCUUAUUGAUGCAUAAUGGUCUUAAAGAAAUCCUAAUGUUACAGUGUUCUAGUUCCACAGAAUCACCUUUGAAGCAUGUAUAUUUAAAGGAGCAAAAAGAUUGUGCCAUUGAGGAGAAAUUACUAUCUGCAAUUUCAAAUAAGUGUAUAGAAAAUAACUUGGCAAUUAUAGUGCCUGUCUAUUUGGAAACUGAAAGAUUUUUACCGAGACCUAGUCUUAGACUUUGUAUAUCUGCUAGUCUAGAUAACAGUGAUAUCAAGUUUGCACUAAACACUUUGAAGAAAUGUACAGAAGAAGUUUUGUUGUCAUUUUGUGAAUGA